UUUUUUUUUUUUUUUCCUAGCCUAAGUUAAUUCUAAGUGUGUAGGGGAGGGUCCAGGUUAGGGGAGGACCUAAGUGUGUCUCAGGCCGAAGCCUAUACACUCUACCAUGCGGGUUUUUAACCAUGCAGGACAAGGGCGCGUGCAUCGUGUGCUAUUGGGGUUUACUGGCCAGCCAUGGCUGCAAUUGGCGCCAUGACUGACGCCCCAUUGGUCGCCUAGCUUAAAAGCUAGCUAAUGUGACCCAGGUAAAACCUGCAUAGACACAGGGAAAACCCUGGGCCGGUUCAUGCGGGGAUCAAUUAACAUGCAUUAAGCAAGCAGGUAACUACUGGACAAGAGGAAGAAGGGUCCAGGUAAGAAGAGUUGGAGGGGCUGAAAAAUCAACCAUGCUGGAGUUGGGUGCUUGGGCCUUGCGGCCCGCAUUUAAAGGUUGGGAACUCCUGGGUUAUUAUUAACCAUGGGCGCAAGCACCCCCAGGGGCGGGCGACUUCACUCGUCAGCCCAGCCACAGCUGCCCAGGCAGCCACAGUUAAAACAGAAGUGGGCAGACGAGCCAGUAAACCGGCUCGAACUGCUGGCUCUCGGAGCGAAAGGCAGCCUGACAUUGCGCCAUCUUCAUCUUCCUUCUUCCAGUCAACAGCCAACGACCUUUCAAGCCAGGGUGGGGGUAAGUCGUUCAGGCGAAUGAAGUAUCUUGCGAGUCGGACCCUCUUGCCCCCCAAAUUCCCGGGUCGGUUGAAGGUCGCGCCGCCCAGGCUACCACUGGCUCCAACAGGGCCCCAACUUGAAGGCGCCGCCAUCUCUUCCUUCAGAAUUCCGAUGCUGUUCAGUUCCGUUGCGCGCGCGGCAGUCCACAGCUCCGCAAGUUCCAGCCCGCAGUUCGUCUACACUUCGCAUCCAGGGCACAUCGAGCUCCCCUGCGGUGCCUUCGCCGACGAAGCUGCUUUCUGCCGCGCGCCGAGCUACAUUCAGGCUACCUUUCUCCCCGACAGCCGUGAUAACGACUCCACAGGCCGGCCAUUGGUCCGCGGACUGCUAUUGGUUAUUCACAGCCACCCCAGCGAGAUUGCAACUCUCGAGCUGGGCUCCCGUAUCCGCCACCCGCGGGACGCGGUCGGUAGCAGUUGGCGCUGCUAGGCCGCCCCCAGCACGCACACAAAACCAACACGCACUGCCAGCCUUCGGUUACCCAAUAGGUCGCAGGGAACUCCCAGCCAACAGCCCGCGAGAGAGAUGCGCACGCCCCGAGAGACGACCACCGACGACCCGGGUUCCCCCACCACUCUCGGACGAGCGCAGCCGGCGUCCCCGGAAACAGCCGAAGGUUGCCGAGAGCGUUUGGAAUCUGUCGUCUCGACCCCUUUCUGCCGCCUGAGACCUCAGUCUGUCUUCGCGCGCGCGGCGGUGCGACCAAGUUGCAGCGAGUGUGGGUUAUUGUGUUCCGGUCUCCUUCUGUGACGAGUGUUGUUCUGAAGUGAUUGUUGGUGCUGCCCCCCCCCCCUCCCCCUCUCCCGUCCAAUCAGGGAUUUCAGUACAUCGACCAUACACGAUGGUGCUGCUGGUGCUGGUGCUCUCGGCGCUGCUGGGCCGCUGCCUCGGCUACCCGGGGGGCGCGCCGGCGGGGACCUGCACCUCGCUGUUCCCGCGCCACGGCGGCGUGGCACAGCAGCCCUCCGCCUCGCCCUUCGCCCUGGAGGCGUCCUCCCCCGGCGUGGCCCAGGGCGGGGUCCUACAGGUGGUGCUGGCCUCGCCCUCGGGCCUGCCCUUCGCCGGGUUCGUACUGCAGGCGCGCGAUCCGCGCGACCCAGCGCGACCCCUGGGCGCGUUCUCCCUGUCCGGGGACCAGGCGCAGCUCAUGGACUGCGGCGGCGGCAAGCAGAAUUCUGUGACGCACACCAGUAAAGAUGCAAAGCAGAAGUUACAAUUCCAGUGGACUGCCCCCACUGAUUACGAAGGACCAAUCAAAUUCAACGCGACGGUGGUGCAGGACUACGCCACCUUCUUCACGAACGUGCUGUCCGGGCAGGUGGACGUGUCCAACCACUCCGGCGACACUUCGCACCACUCCACGGGCAUCUCCACCACUCACUCCCCCAGGACCACCACCACUCCGGCCUACACCGCGGAGACGGACGCUCCGAUAGCUAUAGUUUAUGACCCGUUCUACAAGAACUGCAGCGUCACAAAGAGCUGCUUCGGUGUUCCGUCGGGCUGCAUGGCCACCCAAUCGUGCGACGCCAUUUCGUCUGUCUUGGUGAAAGGCGAAGAGUACAUUUUUGAAAUAAAAGGCAAAAAUGUUAAGUAUGCUGCAGUGGGUCUGUCUCUGGACGAUAAAAUGGGCGACGACAGCGUGGUCCAGUGCGUGCCAUCGGGUAGCAGCGCUGCCGUGUACUCGUCGUGGAACGAGGGAAAGAAAAACAUCAAAGUUCUGUCAAAAGGAAUCAGCCUUCUGAAGGCUUCGUACGUCGACGGUGACAUUUACUGCCAGUUCACCAGAGAGAAGGUCACGUCAGUACGAAACACCACUUUCAACCUCGUGAGCCAGAAGUAUCACCUGCUGGUGGCAGCGGGCACGCUCUUGUCAGAGAACGGGACCGGCCCGGGCUUCCACAACCGGGCGUACGGGGGCUCGGGCGAGAGCUGCUACCUGUCGGAGGUGUGCGACUUCUCCGAGUCGUCCAAGCUGCUGAUCCGGCUGCACGGGGCGCUCAUGGUGGCCGCGUGGAUCGGGGCGGCGAGCGUGGGCAUCCUGCUCGCUCGCUACUACAAGCAGACGUGGUCGGGCAGCCAGCUGUGCGGCAAGGACAUCUGGUUCGCGUGGCACCGGGUGUGCAUGCUGGCCACGUGGGGGCUCACCAUGGCCGGGUUCGUGGUCAUCUUCGUGGAGCUGCAGGCGUGGUCCUCGGCCGACAACCCCCACGCCAUCGUGGGCUGCGUCACCACCGUCCUGGCCUUCUUCCAGCCCAUCGGGGCGGCGUUCCGCCCGCACCCCGGCUCCCGCAAGAGGCCCGUCUUCAACUGGCUGCACUGGCUCGUGGGCAACGUCACGCACAUCCUCGCAAUCGUAACAAUCUUCUUCGCCACUGAGCUGUCGAAGGCAGAGUUGCCAAAGUGGAUGUACUGGAUCCUGGUGGCCUACAUUGUGUUCUACGUGGUGGUGCAUCUCAUACUGUCUAUUUCAGGCUGCGUGAGCGAUCGCACCAUGAACUCGAGAGUGAACAGCUUCGCCAUGAAGGACAUGACCUCGAGUCGCGUCCCGCUCAGCGCGAUGGACGGCAAACGGGACGCGCCGUUGGCUGGCCUGCGGAAGUUUUUCCUGGGGAUUUACCUGCUGGUGGUGAUCCUGCUCACUGUGGCCCUCAUCGUGGUGGUAGUGCUGGCCCCGAUCGAAAAGCAGUGGAAAAACGUCGUCGAGAAGGCGUUCUACGGAGAGUGAUUUACACCGGGCGCCAGUUUGAAAACUCCAAAGGGCGAGGGUGGGAUUCUUCACGAUGCACGGGAGAUUUUUCUCUCCUGUGCUUCGCAGAUACUGCAGUGAAGAGUCCAGUAGUUGCGUCUGAAAUAACUUUCAUUCUUGACUGUGUUUUUGCUGUGUUUUAGCACGCUUAAUCAGUGAGUAAAUCAUGAAACACAUUCCACAGCUCAAAAUUGUGUACAGAUAACAAUCACAGAGCUUGAUUAUACACAACAUCAUUGUUUUAGUUUGUAAAUAAUUUGGAUGUACAUAAUUUUCUCAUAUUUUACUGGCUGAAAAAAGUUCAGCAUACAAUGUGUAUUUAAGAGUUAUUGUUUGGAUAUUUAAGUCAUAAAAUGAGGUUUUCUGUACAAUAUUUUAUGGAUGUACAUUUUCUAAUCUGUAGGUACUUCACUUAAUGGUUUGCUGAUAGAUGAUAUACUAGACUUAAGAGACAAGUACAAAGGUGUACAGGCAAACUGUUUGCAUUUUGUCGCAACGUGCUGGUACUGUAAGAACAUGUUAGUUGAUUCCAAGACUGGGUACUUAGUUUUUUUUUUUUUUGUAGUUUAUGUAUGAAUUGAAGCAAAUCGUUACUGGACCAAUCAAUGUAAAUAUUACACUCAGUAUUAUUAAUACCUAUAAAUGCAGUACCACGGCUUAGUUAUAAUUCAUUCAUUCAUAUAACUUCAUCUGUGUGAAUUCAGUACCACAUCACCACUUAUUCAGUUGUAUUUAUUUCUUAUUAUAAAAAUUAAUGUAAAUAUUUUAAAUACAUUUUAAAUAAAUGGGAUACAAUAGUUCGGACAUAAACCAUGCAUUGUUAUGUUAAAUACAUAGUGAUUUGUUUGAGGACUGAAAUAAAAAUGUAAUAUUUUUUAUGAAACUAGAUUGUGCAAUAUAUACUGAGAACAUAUUCUGAUUGAUAAAUUUCCACCUAUUAAUAUAGUUCUAUAAAAAAUAUAUAUAUAUUUGUAUUAUAUUUUAAUUUUUAAUCCUGCCUUAGUUGAAUAAGGCCAACUAUUUUAUAUUUUAUUGGACAUAAUGAAUUAAUUCUUUAAGAAAUUACUUGUAUCUUCAAUCCAACACAAUUAGCAUUGUUAGUAAAGUAAGCAGGCUGAUUGGUAUAGCAAACAUUUGUGAAAGUAAAUUACAGUUGUCUGAUAAAACUGUUGUUAGAUACACAUUUAUUUGAAAAACAAUUGUGUUAUUAAUUGGUAAAUGAUAUCUGUUGCAACUGAAAAAAAAAUUUUUCAUCGUUAAAAAUUCUGAGUUUGGUUGUUUGAAACAAUGAAUGGUGCACUGCUGAUGUAGCAAUACAACAGCAAACUCUCUGAAUAUUGUGUACUGAAAACUUUCAAAUGAUUCAGUUCUUCAGUAAUUAUUAUUUAUUUAUCGAAAAUUCAAAUUACAUGUUCAGCAUCAUGUGAAGCUAUGUUUAUGUUUAAUGUUUAAUAUCACCAUUGAUUGAAACUCUCAAACAUAUAUAGUGUACACAAACAAAACAUGGUGUAGAGUUUCGGAUGACGACCUAUGAAUGCUAGAUGGCCUCUUCAAGUAGUGCAGCCUAAAAAUAUGUAAUUAUUUCAGGGGCCCGCCUAGGCAGGGAUGCAUUUGAAUUUGAGGCUGGCAGAACACCACUCUAGCAUCUCGAGCAGUUUUCAAAUCACGUGGUUGUUUCUGAAGCUCUGCACACCGUGUGCGUGGGGCAGUUAAAGUAAGACAUGCUGAAAACUUGCAUGUCAGUGUGGCUUGUGGUCAGCACAAUGCCAACAAUUUUUUUUUGUAUGGGUUUACAGCCAUUUUUUGGUUGUUUCGGACCUUCUGCGGUCUCACCGAACACAGAUAAUGGGAGUUUACUGUACACUUGGGUGAACCCAAAAUCACAGAGGCGUCACUGCAAGCAGGGGCGUAGCCAGGUUUUUUUUUUAGGGGUUCAAACCCCCCCUUAGCACCAAAUCUUUAAUUAAUUUCUUAUUAAUCACUCAAACAAAUUUCAUAUUAAAAUUAAUACAAUUUUUACCAUUACAAUAUUUAAAUUUAAGAACCAAAAACUGCUAAAAUAGCACUAUUUACCUUAAAAUCCAAAUUUUCCCAGGGGAGGACCCCCCAGACCCCCCGCUUUAAUACGGGGGGGGGGGGGGGGGGAUGCUCCUUAACACCCCCCAAUACACAAAUCCUGGCUACGCCACUGACUGCAAGUAUUGUAGACACGCAAAUAACAAUGCCAAUAAUAUUGAUUUAUGUAAGUGUCAGACUGUUUUUCAGGACCAACUUUGUUAGUGAUAAGUCUUUCAAUGUUUUUUUUGUAUGAUAACGCAAAAGUAAGUUCUGAUUUUUCUGGACCUAUAUUUUGAAUCAUGAAUAAAAUUGAUUCUGUGAAAAGUU